CCGGUAUAAAUGCGGGGCCCGCGCGGGCCUGGCCAUUCGCGACCGGGAGCUGCGCGGGCGCUAGGGAGUCGGGGCUCCGGGUGGGCGGUGAAAGCAUUGGCGCCCCGCGCAGGCUGGAGGCCGCCGAGGCUCGCCAUGCCGGGAGGACUGUAGCUCCCCCAUGGAGUCGGCCGACUUCUACGAGGCGGAGCCGCGGCCCCCGAUGAGCAGCCACCUCCAGAGUCCCCCGCACGCGCCCAGCAGCGCUGCCUUCGGCUUUCCCCGGGGCGCGGGCUCCGCGCAACCCCCCGCCCCACCUGCCGCCCCGGAGCAGCUGGGCGGCAUCUGCGAACACGAGACGUCCAUCGACAUCAGCGCCUACAUCGACCCGGCCGCCUUCAACGACGAGUUCCUGGCUGACCUGUUCCAGCACAGCCGGCAGCAGGAGAAGGCCAAGGCGGCUGCGGCCCCCGCAGGAGCCGGCGGCGGCGACUUUGACUACACGGGCGCCCCCGGGGGCCCCGGCGGCGCCGUGAUGCCCGGAGGGGCGCACGGGCCCCCUCCUGGCUACGGCUGCGCGGCGGCCGGCUACCUGGACGGCAGGCUGGAGCCCCUGUACGAGCGCGUCGGGGCGCCGGCGCUGCGGCCGCUGGUGAUCAAGCAGGAGCCGCGCGAGGAGGACGAGGCGAAGCAGCUGGCGCUGGCCGGCCUCUUCCCCUACCAGCCGCCGCCGCCGCCGCCCCCGCCGCACCCGCACCCGCCGCCCGCGCACCUGGCCGCCCCGCACCUGCAGUUCCAGAUCGCGCACUGCGGCCAGACCACCAUGCACCUGCAGCCCGGCCACCCCACGCCGCCGCCCACGCCCGUGCCCAGCCCUCACGCAGCGCCGGCUCUCGGCCCCGCUGGCUUGCCAGGCCCUGGCGGCGCGCUCAAGGGGCUAGCCGCUGCGCACCCCGACCUCCGCGCGGGCGGCGGCGGCGCGGGCAAAGUCAAGAAGUCGGUGGACAAGAACAGCAACGAGUACCGGGUGCGGCGCGAGCGCAACAACAUCGCCGUGCGCAAGAGCCGGGACAAGGCCAAGCAGCGCAACGUGGAGACACAGCAGAAGGUGCUGGAGCUGACCAGUGACAAUGACCGCCUGCGCAAGCGGGUGGAACAGCUGAGCCGCGAACUGGACACGCUGCGGGGUAUCUUCCGCCAGCUGCCCGAGAGCUCCCUGGUCAAGGCCAUGGGCAACUGCGCGUGAGGCGCGGGGCGGCGGGACCGCCCUGGGCCGGCCGCCGGCUGCGACCCAGGGAGUGGUUUCGGGUCUCCGGAUCUCAAGACUGGCCCAGCGGCGCAAGCCGGGACUAGGAGAUUCCGGUGCCGCCAGAAAGCCUGGCCUGCCGCGCGUGCCCCUUGCCUUCCUCUGCGCCAGAUUCGGUGCGUUUAAGAUGAGGGGUCAGGCGAUGGUUUCUCCCUGCAGGAGAGAAGUGCCGUGGGGCCAAGCCGGGAGUCCCGGCAACUCUAGUAUUAAGGAAUAACCUUGUGCCUUGGAAACGCAAACUCACCGCUCCGAUUCCUACCGAGUAGGGGGAGCAAAUAUGUGCCUUGUCAUUUUAUCUGGAGGGUUCCUGCCUCAUUCCUGAGGCUGCAGGCCCCCAGGAGAGAAGGCAAUGUGCAGGCCCAUGGCAGGAGGAAGGUUCAGGGAGCAGAGAUCCCGACAAGCCAGCCUUAGCCGCUCCUCCAUCGCCUGUCCUUGGAAGGGAGGAAAUACAGGGACUUGGAAGGUUGUUCCCCCAGUUCUACACGAAGGUGGAGGGUCCCUAGUUCCUUGCCUCUAAUCUCCCAGCCUGCAACAGGCUGGGCUUCCCUGGGCAGAACUCACUUAGAUGGGGGUCACCAGGUGACCGGUGGGAACCCCCUGCCCCCAGUCAGACCAGAAAGCUAGGACAUGGGUUAGCUCUCCGGACAUGUGUUCAUGGGAGUGGCGGCCUGGUGGCGCAGGGAAACCUAGAACUCUGGUCGGGGGUGGGGGUGGGGGGGGUGAAGGGACCCUGGGACCAUCAGCCUUGUACUGUAUGUUGCCAGCAUUGCCAUACAAACAUGAAGCACAAUCUGUCCAUCCCAGAGGGACCGAAGUUAUGAGAAGCUUUCCAAAUAUUUUGCUUUAUCAGCCGAUAUCAACACUUGUAUCUGGCCUCUCUGUGUCCCAGCGGUGCCUUGUGCAAUGUGAAUGCGCACGUCUAUGUUAAACCACCAUUUUAUUUGGUUUUUGUUUUGUUUUGGUUUUGCUCAGAUACUUGCCAAAAUGAGACUCUUUGUCAGCAGCUGCAGGGAGGGUCUGCGGCUCUCUUUCCUUUUGGUUUUUGGGGAUUGCUUUUGCUCCCAGGGGAACCAAAGAGGUGAGGUGGGCUUCCUCUUUCCCUGGGGGAGUUGGGGGGGCUGUGGGCCUCGGCGCCCUCCGGCCUGGGCCGCCCACAGGCCUGUCCCCCCAGAGGCCCUGACUCCUGGUCUGGAAGGGAGGCGGCCUCCAGCCAGCAUGCACAGAUCGCUGGGGCUGGGAGCAGGGAAGGACAGCUUGGUUCUCUCCUUUGGGGAGAACGUAGAGUUUCAUGCUAGAUGUUUUAUGUAUUAUAUCUAUAAUAUAAACAUAUCAAAGUAAAUUUUGGUGUCUUUUUAAAACCAGAAAAGCUACUUCCAGUGUUUUCUGUGGGCCAGGUCACAUUUGUAAAUAAUCACUGCAUAUUCU